UGCAUGCAUGCAAUGUAGUAUAGAUCACGACUGUAUCAUGAUGCUAUGUGUGGAAUACUGAUCUAGCAACCUUAUAUAAGCAAAUUUCUUUGGAGGAGUGGUGUGUUUAUUUUAGGUUAACAAAAACAUGGAGAAAGAGCAUCAUCAGGAGAUAUACAAAUCUCUCCCUAAAGUUGAGCUACACAAUCAUCUUGAUGGAGCUUGUAGGCUUAAAACUUUAAUGGAUAUGUGCAGGAAGGAUGAUCUAGACGCUGAGAGGUUUCCGUAUCAUGACACUGAGGCUUUUAGAAAGGUCGUGUCGUUGACUGAACCUCAGGAAAGUCUUGUCGAGUUUUUAAAACCAUUUCCUAAUGUUUGCUACAUAUUGAGUACUGCCGAGAAUCUUGAACGACAAGCAAUAGAGUUUUGUGAAGACCAGAAGAGAAACAGUGUCAUAUAUACAGAGUCUCGUUUGUGUCCAUUCCUCUUUACUGAGAGAGGAUUAAACAUUGAGGAAGUAUUGCAAUCUGUUCUGGUGGGAUUUUCUAAAGGAGAGAAGCGAUAUGGAGUUAAAAUCCGUACCAUUAUCUGUUUUUUAAAAUCCUUUCCUGAAUGGAGCCCUGCUUUGGUUGAUUUGGCUAUAAAGUACAAAGAUAAAGGUGUAGUAGGCGUUGAUGUUGCUGGAGACGAACUACAACCAAUGGAUCAACAUAUACCGUCUUUCAUAAAAGCUAAGGAGGCUGGUCUCCAUAUCACUGCACACGCUGGUGAGAGUGGACCUGCUGAAAACGUCCGACAAGCCAUAGAUGUCCUAAGUGCAGAGCGCAUCGGCCAUGGAUAUCAUGUGGUUGAUGAUGAUAGUGUGUAUUUACUGGCAAAAAACAAAAGUAUUCAUUUUGAGGUUUGUCUAACGUCAAGCAUAUACACCAAAUCGAUGGAGUAUGAGAGCCACAGUGUCAAGAGAUUUGUUAAAGAUAGCAUUAAUUUUGGUCUAAAUACUGACGACUCUGGUAUCAUAGGAACCUCGCUGACCAAUGAAUGCAAGGUUGGCAUGACGACAUUUGGUUUGAAAAGGGACGAAGUGAUUCAGGCUAUGUUUGAUAGUGCUCGUUCCUCUUUUUUACCGGCCGACGAAAAAGAGGAAUUGAUAGAAAAAUUGAGUGUCUUAGUAAGAGAAUAUAAAGAGAAAUAUCCUUAAAAUGAAUGAGAUGUAGUUAUUCGUAACUAAACUGUGCAUCAAAGUACUGUAGUAUGUGAUCAAUAAUGUUGUGUUGUGUGUUUUAAUAAUUACAAAUCAUCAUUAUUUAUUUUU